CACCGGGGGCCUCUUGGCUGACCUGCAGGUGGACCUCCAAGACUGGACGGCCGCAUACAACCGAUCGGUCUCUGUCGUCGCUGGACUGUCCAAUGCCGACAAAAUCCGGCUGAUCUCCGGUCAAAGCGUCCCCUCAAUCGGCUUCGAGGCUCUGGCCAGCAACGAUGGGUCCCAGGGACUUGAGAGUGACUUUUUUGUUACCUCCUUCCUGGAGUCCUCGGCCAUGGCCCAGACCUGGGACCCGGACCUCAUCCAAGCCGGGUUCUAUGCGGUGGGUCAGGAGUUCUACGCGAAAGGGUACAACAUGAUCAACGGACCGACCACCGGACCACAAGGCCGCACGCCCUGGAGUGGCCGACUGGUGGAAACGCUGGGGCAGGAUGUAUACCUGGCCGGCAUCGCGUUUGGUCGCGCGACCCAGGGCCUGCGUGAGGCGGGGAUGAUCCCCUGUGGCAAGCAUUUCCUGCUGAACGAACAAGAAACCAAUCGAUCCGAGGUCUACUGGGGCAACAACGCAGUGACCUACCCGCGCAACAAUACGGCGUAUUCCAGCAACGCCGACGACAAGACCCUCCACGAAGCCUAUCUGUGGCCCUUCUACGACGGGGUCAAGGCCGGUCUCGGCGCCGUCAUGUGCGGCAUGAAUCGGGUCAAUGGGAGCUGGUCGUGUGAGAGCUCCGACCUGCUGAACAAGCUGCUCAAGACCGAGCUGGCCUUUCCAGGCUUCGUGACCCCGGACACCUCGGGCCAGCACACUGCGCUGGGAUCGGCAACAGGAGGAUUGGACUCGGGGGCUACUAGCUUCUGGCACGAUGCCUCUCUCUUGCCCGCCCUGGCCAACGGCAGCUUGACGCAGGCCCGCCUCGAUGACAUGGCGGUGCGGAACCUGAUGCCCUACUUCCACGAGGGUCUGGAUCAGAAGCCCCGCGUGCCCCUGAGCGCCGCGACGGACCCGGUCGAUGUCCGUUCCAACCACCGGGAGCUGGUUCGCCAGGUCGGCGGCGCGGCCAUCUCGCUCCUCAAGAACACCCAGCAGACGCUACCUUUGCAGCGCCCACGGUCCAUCGCCGUCUUUGGCGCCAACGCGCGACCCUCCCCACUGGGGCCCGGCACCACCAUGGACGACGUCCACAACCACAAAACCUGGAACGGCCACCUCGUCUUCAGCGGCGGCUCCGGCAUGGGCAGUCCAUCCUACCUGAUCACCCCCUACGACGCACUCCUCACCCGGGCCCUCACCGACGGGACCCAGAUGAUGUGGGCCAUGGAGGACGCACUGGCCUCGGAGGACUACAUCGCCGUCACCGGCACAACGGGGACCUCGGCGGCGCCCACCUUUGCCGGCUACGCCGCCGCAGUCGAGACCUGCCUGGUCUUCAUCAACGCAUGGAGCGGCGAGGGCAACGACCGCGUGGAGCUGCGCAACGCGGCGCAGGACCGCAUGAUCCUCGAGGUGGCUGACAAUUGCAACCGGACUGUGGUCGCCGUAACCACCGUGGGGGCACGGCUUCUCGACACCUGGAUCGACCACCCGAACGUCACCGCCGUCCUAUACUCCUCACUACUAGGCGAACAAUCCGGCCAGGCCUUGGUGGACGUACUAUACGGGGCAGUCAACCCCUCGGCCCGACUAACUCACACCAUCGCCCGCCACGAAACCGACUACCCGGUCCCCAUCUGCCUAACCGCCGACUGCGACUUCCACGAGGGCGUCUACCUCGACUACAAGUACUUUGACCGGUACAACAUCACCCCACGCUACGAGUUCGGUUACGGCCUCUCCUACACGAGCUUCGCCUACCUGCCAAAUGACAACAGCACCAACAUCCCCGCCAUUACCUACGUCAACACCACCGCCCUCGCCCACCGCACCGCCCAGGGGCCCCUCGCCCCGGGCGGCCCUACAGAUCUAUGGGACGAGGUCCUGCAUGUAACUCUGCAGAUUGCCAACGGGGGGCCCCAGGCCGGCGCCGAGAUCGCCCAGCUGUACGUCACGUUUCCGGACGAGGCGCGGCAACCGAUCCGGCAGUUGCGUGGGUUCCAAAAGAUCUUCCUGGAGGUCGGGGCGAGUGGCUCCGUGCAGUUCGCCCUGCGCCGUCGGGAUCUGAGUUAUUGGGAUGUGCGGACACAGAUGUGGACGGUGGCUCGUGGCGAGUAUACGUUCUGGGUGGGGGCGAGUAGUCGUGAUUUACGGGGGUGGGUGAAAUAUACCAUUUGAUUAAUGCUUUUCUCUAGUCCCUACCUCUCUUUCGAGAGAGAGAUACGGAAGCUAGUAACGAAGAGAAUGAAGAGAACGGCAUAGCUACAUACAUCUAAAGAC